CAAAAAAACGAGACGGGAGAGGAGAAAAAAGAUGAGCAAACUAACUAAGGAAACAUUUAUUGAAAGUCUGCAAUCCAUGACCAUUAAGGAAGUGAUGGAACUGGUUGAGGCUAUGAAAGAGACAUUUGGCGUUGACCCAACGGCAGUCGUUAGCGCCGCGGCAGCUAGUCAAGCGCCGGCUGAAGAAGUUAAGAGCGAAGUGACUGUUACGCUUAAAGCGGUUGGACCAAACAAAAUCGCAGUCAUUAAAGUGGUUAAGGAAAUCACUGGUUUAGGUCUGAUGGACGCUAAGAAUUUAGUUGAUGCUGCGCCAAAACCGAUUAAGGAAAACAUUAAACCUGAGGAAGCCGAAGACCUUAAGAAAAAACUAACCGAAGCUGGCGCCGAAGUAACGGUCGAAUAA